CCCACUGCUGGGCAUAUUAGAGGGCAAACCGGUCUCCCAGACUUUGUUUAAAUCGAAUAUCGAUCAUUAAGUGGAGAAAAUAUAAACGGAAAUUAGUCAUUGAGGGGCUUUACCGCUUAUAUCUGCCAAAAGAGUGCAUUUUGGCAGAUAAAAAUGCCUGACACCUCCCCAUUUUUUCGUAUAUAAAGUCGCGUCUACUCAGACUCCGCUUUGAGACUAUUGUUGCAGAGUGUGCGCAAUUUUGCAGUUUCCUAUUCUCCUUAAAACAACGGUUUCUUUCUGCUUUUUCAAGACAAGCUGAACUGCUGAGAAACCGCUGGAAUUUUUCACUUGAAGAAAGUCGCUAAAUUCGCCAAGUAUUUUUUCUUUCCUGGUUCCAGCUGCCUCGAUCGGGCUGAGAGAGACUGGCAUCUACUCUACCACGCUUCAUCCUCUCUCUCUCUCUCUCUCUCUCUCUCUCUUUCUUGCUCUCUCUUCGUCAUCCUUUAUCUCUUUCCCUCCUCUGCUUUUCUAUCUUGCACCGGAGAAAUCAAAACUAACAAUACAGCUGUUUAACAUUAUUACUCUCCUCAACCUGCACGAUGAAACUGUUGCUUGCUGUGGCCGUAGUUUUUCUUGUUUUAACCGAAGUCUUCUGCGAAGAAGUGGUCCCCAUUGAUGACCUGCGAUACUUGACUGAGAGUAACCAAAUGCAGGAUGAGUGGCUGGCACCGGAUUCAUUUCAAGAAAUCCUUAGACGAAUCACCAGAAAACCUAAGCCCCAUCAGUUUGUAGGUUUAAUGGGGAAAAGAGCAUCAGCCAAUGGACAGAUCACCCGCAAAAGGCAUAAACUGGACUCUUUUGUUGGGCUCAUGGGCAAGAGGAACGAAGAGCCUGAUUCUUCUGAGUGGAGCAUAUUUGAAAAUUAUGAUAAGAGACGCUAGAGCCGCCUUCAACAUGUUCUCAAUUUUGAAUGUCAUUCCUCUAAACUGCCAGAAGACUACGCUGUAUCAGUUCAUUAUGAAAAAGAUUUUUUUAAAUGAUUUAUAAACUAUACUGUUAUCUCUUAAUAAAUAUAUACAUAUAUAUUUUUCACUUUGAGGCAGUGCUACAUGUUCAGUAUUUAUUUUCCAGUUUAAGAAGUCAAAGUGCAGGGUACAGUAUGGGGUUGAAUCGCCAUAGGAAGUGAUGUUAAUGAAUACUGCCAACGUUCAGUGCACAUUUCUGUGGGUUUGUUCUGUUUUGUUCCAAUUUUUUUACAUUUUGUUUCCGUAUUGUUUUCUAGCUAAUAUUCAUGAUAUUUCCCUGGGAAUUACGCACUAGCCAAAUUAUAGAAAAUAGUGCCUCACUCUGUUUUCAUAACUUGUAAUGCAGUUUAAAGUUUUCAAAUAUAUUUGUAUUAUCACAGCAUGUCUUAUUCUUUGUGACUGUACAUUAUUACUUUUAGAACACGGUAUUAGUACUUCAUUUUAGGUAUAGUCGAUUGCUUUGUGAAAUUAGCAAAAUAAAUUCAAAUAUUUUUAAUUAAGCACAGAUCUUUUUUUCUGAAAAAAAAAACAAAACAAAUACUGUAUAUAAUUUUCCUCUCUAUUUACAUCUGCUAAAAACUGUCUUACUUUGUGUCCUCUGCUUUUUAUAUUUAAAGAUUAUUUAGAAAGAAAUAUGUUUUUGUGUAACAAUAUUAUAAGCAAGUAAAAAAAGUUGUUUUGCUUUAUUUUGUC